AUGGCCUUGACGAACGAAGCAGCGUGGCUUCACAAGCCCAACGAAAAACUUCAAGUCUUCUCAGCCGAGAUCGGCAAGCCUGGACCAGGAGAGGCUUUGAUCAAGAACCAUGCCGUUGCUAUCAACCCGGUCAAUUGGAAGAUACAGGAUGGUGUUUUUCCAUCCAGUGUCUUUCCUCGCAUCAUGGGCAAUGAUCUUGCCGGCGAGAUCGUUGAGGUUGGCGAGGAUGUAUCUGGCUUCUCCAAGGGUCAGCGUGUCCUGGCCCAUGCCGUGGGCAUUGCGAUCCCCAAGCCCCAAUAUGGCAGCUUUCAGAAAUACACCGUCGUGCCAGUCGUCGGUGUUUGCCCUCUCCCCGACAAAAUAAGCUACGAGGAAGCUGCCGUGCUCCCUCUGGCGCUCUCUACUGCGACAGAUGGACUGUUUCACGAAGACAAACUCGGCUUGCCCAAACCUAGCCAUGAGGUACAGAAAUCGGACAAGGCCCUGCUUGUUUGGGGAGGCAGUUCCAGCGUUGGUAGCGCCGUCAUCCAACUGGCGGUGGCGGCUGGCCUCACAGUCAUUGCUACGGCAUCGAAGAAGAAUUUUGAGUUCUGCAAAGAGCUUGGGGCGACUGAGGUCUUUGACUACAAUAGUCCCAGCAUUGUAGGAGAUUUGACCGCGGCCCUCCAAAACCAUAAUCUCGCGGGUGCCUAUGAUGCCAUUGGCUGUCGAGACACACAGCUCAACACCGCUCAGGUUUUGGCUCAACUGGGGGGUGGAAACAUGGCCGUUGUGCUCCCUCCAAGCGACGAAAUCCCAGCAACGGUGAAUGCAAAGGGUGUUUUCGCCACGGAAAUAUUGCUGCAAUUCAAAGAGUUGGGCAAUGCACUCUACCACGAUUUCCUGCCGGAGGCGCUUCAAAGUGGUCAGAUCAAGCCGGCACCCAAACCGACAAUAGUUGGACAUGGCCUGGAGUUUAUCCAGGCCGGUCUGGACAGAUCUCGGCAAGGGGUCUCUGCCGUGAAACUAGUUGUCGCUCUAUGA